GGGAGAAACGAAACGCAGCACUUAUGGUGCAGUCCCAUGAUACGGAACGUAUGCGCAAUGCGGAAUUGGCGGAACGAAGUUCGUCCAAUCACAGACAUUCCGUCAAUUGCGUUCCGUUGAAAUAUAUUUUCUUAUGUCCCAUGGAGCGGAAAACGCGGAAGCGCAAUUGGUGUUGGCCAAUCACAAGAUUCUUUCCCAUAGAUUUUUUUGUUGUUUAUAUCGGAACAGCGUACAUUAUUAGCUCGCACAAAUUACGCUUCCGUAUUUUCCGCUGCAUGGGACAUAGGAAAUACAAAUUUAUGCGGAUCGGAUUCACACAUAUAUGUCAAAAAAUUCAUGAAUUUCAUAUAUAACCUUCAAAACUGACAACAUCUUAAUAUUGAAUAUGGAUUCUGAAAAAUUGUUUAUUAUUAUUUGUGGACUGUUAAGUAAAUUAAAACAAAGUUGGUGUAUAUUUAAAAAGAAUGAAUUACGCCGUAAGAUUAUAAAAUUAUAUUCAUUGUAUAUAAUUGUAAAAAGAAAUGAAAAUAUUAAAAAACGACGAAAAUAUUGGAUGCGACCUAUAUUCAGCUUAGAAAGAAGAUUCCAACAAGGAGCAAGUGAGAAUCUUGUAAAGGAAAUGCUGAUCGAAGACACAGAAAAAUAUAUGGAUUAUUUUAGAAUGGCACCUCAAUUAUUUGACGCAUUAUUAGCAUUAGUUGGACCAUUCCUUGUUAAAGAAUAUGUUGUUCGCGAACCAAUUUCGCCUGACACUCGGCUCCAGAUUACACUGCGUUAUUUAGCAUCAGGAGAUAGUAUGAAAUCCCUAUCAUAUGCUUUCAGAAUUGCACAUAACACAAUAUCAAAAAUUAUAAGUGAGACUUGUGAAAUUAUUUGGAAUUGUUUAAAAGAUUCAGUUUUUCUAACGGACAACGAAGAAAAUUGGAAAUCUGUAGCUGACGAAUUUCAACAAUUAUGGAAUUUUCCUAAUUGUAUAGGGGCCAUCGAUGGAAAACAUGUUCAAAUCCAGGCUCCGCCAAAUAGCGGAUCAAUGUAUUACAAUUACAAAGGUCAUCACAGCAUUAAUCUUCUUGGAAUCAGCGAUGCAAAUUAUUGCUUUACAAUAGUUGACAUUGGUGCCGAAGGCAGACAAAGUGACGGAGGAGUUUUCCGUAACAGCGAAAUUGGGAAACGCUUUGAAGCUAAUUCUUUCAAACUACCAAUUCCGAGACAGAUCGAAAUUAAUGGACCAGAAUUACCAUAUGUAUUAGUAGCGGAUGAAGCUUUCCCAUUAUCAAUGCACAUAAUGAGGCCAUAUCCGCGCAGUGGAAAACUUGAUAUUGGAAAAAAAAUUUUUAAUUAUAGACUCAGCCGUGCAAGAAGAGUUGUAGAGAACGCUUUCGGCAUAUUAGUUGCUCGAUGGAGAAUAUACCGAAGGUCAAUUAUCGCGAAUGUCAGAAAUGCACGUAAAAUUAUACAAGCAACUGUAACACUGCACAAUUUUAUUAUUAAGAACGAAGAGAAAUUAACUGGAAAUAAAUUAUAUUUGCAUCUAACUCCAGAUGAUGCGCGUACAAGUCAUGGCAUUCGUAAUAUACCACUUUGUCGAAGCCGAGGCAAUAAAAACGCUGUUGCAGUUAGAGAAGCGUAUUCAACUUAUUUUCAAAAUGCUGGUGCAUUAUCUUACCAGUGGGAAAAAGCCUUGCAAAACGAUUUUUAAUUUAUUUGUUUUAAUUAAUUUUUUUACUAAAAAAUUAUAAAUAGUAUUGUUAUUAGUAUUAUAAAUACAAUACUGUAAAUAGAGUAAGUUUGUAAGCAUAAGUAUACUUAUAAACAAAUAUGAUUAUGAAGUAAA